AACAAUGUUAAGCUGGGUCCCUUCUGCUGGCAAUUUACCAGGAGCCUUUGAACGGUAGAAAACGGAUUUGUCUAAAUUGUUCUUUUUUUUUGUUACAAAAAAAAUUUCUAUCAUAACUAUUGAUUCAUAAUGAGUCAAGCAAAUGCUCAAGACCAGCAGAAUGACCUAACUGCCAAAGAUUAUUACUUUGAUAGUUAUUCUCAUUGGGGAAUUCAUGAAGAGAUGCUCAAGGACGAUGUUCGUACACUCUCGUACCGUGAUGCUAUUAUGCAAAAUCCUCACUUGUUCCGUGACAAAGUUGUCCUCGACGUGGGAUGCGGAACAGGCAUCUUAUCCAUGUUCUGUGCUAGAGCCGGUGCAAAACAUGUUUAUGGCAUUGAUAUGAGUGAAAUCAUACACAAAGCUAAAGAAAUUGUUCACGUCAACAAGCUUAGUGAUCGCAUUACUCUUAUGAAGGGCAAGAUGGAAGAUAUCCAGUUACCCGUCGAGAAGGUCGAUAUUAUUGUUUCGGAAUGGAUGGGUUAUUUCUUACUUUACGAAAGUAUGCUCGACACUGUUUUGUUGGCUAGAGACCGUUAUCUUGCUCCCGGUGGACUUAUGUUUCCCGACCGUGCCAAGCUUAUGAUCGCCGCUAUUGAAGAUGCAGAGUACAAAGAUGAAAAGAUUGGAUUCUGGGAUGAUGUUUAUGGAUUUGAUUUUUCCCCCAUUAAACGUGAUGUAUGGAAAGAACCUCUAGUUGAUAAUGUUGAUCGAAUUGCUGUGAACACAAACUCCUGUGAAAUUCUUAAUAUUGAUCUUACCACGGUCAAAAAAGAAGAACUUGCUUUUUCCUCCUCCUUUGAAAUUGCCGCUGCUCGUAAUGAUUAUGUUCAUGCCUUUUUAGCUUGGUUCGACGUAGAAUUUUCUGCCUGCCACAAACCUUUGUCUUUCAGUACUGGUCCUUUCUCCCGUUACACUCAUUGGAAACAGGUUGUCUUCUAUACUCAUAAAGACUUAACUGUUAAGACUGGAGAAUAUAUUCGUGGUAACAUCACUUGCAAGCCUGCUGAAGGAAAUCACCGUGAGCUCGAUAUUGGUAUCUCUUACGCUUUUGAACCUAAGGAUGGAGACCGGGAAACCGUUUCUGAAAAUUUAUUUUACAGAAUGUGUUAAAAUAGUUUGUUGGUAAAAAUAAUUAUUACAUUUUGGGUUAUUUAAAUACACACAGUCAUUACGAUUUGUACCUCUUUCAAACCUCUGUAAACCCUAAACACGUUUUCUAUUAAGUUAUACCCUAAAAUAUCGU